CUCAGGGGGCGGGGCGCAGGGGAUGGUGCAAUCCCCCGCCGGAGGGCAUCAGGCGGCGGCUGAUUAGCUCAGGUUUACAUCACCCGGGCCGGAGUUGAAGCCCGGCUCCCUGCGCUCCCGAGACACUCGCGGCGGAAGCGGCGGCGACUCGGCACACAUUCCGGCUGCUGGGGACCCGGGCCAGAGCCCCAUCCGGAGCCGACCUCAGCCGGGGCCGAGCGGCCUGGGCCAUCGUGGGUGCCUGGCGACUCUUGAGCUUGGCCGGCACCAGGACCCCGCCGCUGGCGAGGGCAAGAUGCGAGCCACACCUCUGGCUGUUUCCACUGGAGCCCCUUCCAGGAAGAAGCGGUUGGAGUUGGAUGAUGACCUAGACCCUGAGUGCCCCACCCGGAAACAAGCUCGAAGUGAGCCCCAGCCCAGGCCGACCCCCUGUCCACUGCUUCUGAGCCCACCUCCUGCUCCAACCCACACCCCUGCUGUGACCGCCACCUCCAGGCUUGGACCCUAUGUGCUCCUAGAGCCCGAGGAAGGCAGCCGGACCUACCGGGCCCUGCACUGCCCCACAGGCACCGAGUACAUCUGCAAGGUAUACCCGGCCUGCGAGGCCCUGGCGGUGCUGGAGCCCUAUUCGCGACUGCCCCGCCACCCGCACGUGGCCCGGCCGUCGGAGGUCCUGGCGGGCACGCGGCAGCUCUACGCCUUCUUCCCGCGGCCACACGGGGACAUGCACAGCCUGGUGCGCCUCCGGCGUCGCCUGCCCGAGCCGGAGGCCGCCGCGCUCUUCCGCCAGAUGGCCUCCGCCCUGGCGCACUGCCACCAGCACGGGCUCGUCCUGCGGGACCUCAAGCUGCGGCGCUUCGUCUUUAGCGACCGGGACAGGACAAAGCUAAUGCUGGAGAACCUGGACGACGCCUGUGUGUUGACGGGGCCUGACGACUCCCUGUGGGACAAGCACGCGUGCCCUGCCUACGUGGGCCCCGAGAUCCUCAGUUCCCGGGCAUCCUACUCAGGCAAGGCGGCGGACGUCUGGAGCCUGGGUGUGGCGCUCUUCACCAUGCUGGCCGGCCACUACCCUUUCCAGGACUCAGAGCCUGUCCUGCUCUUUGGCAAGAUCCGCCGUGGGGCCUUCGCCCUGCCUGAGGGCCUCUCAGCUCCUGCCCGCUGCCUGGUCCGCUGCCUCCUCCGUCGGGAGCCCGCUGAACGGCUCACGGCCCCGGGCAUCCUGCUGCACCCUUGGCUGCGGCAGAAUGCGGUCCCCACGGCUCCCUCAAGCUCUCGCCUCCGGGAGGCUGACCAGGUGGUCCCCGAAGGGCCGGGACUGGAGGAGGCGGAGGAGGCGGAAGAGGCAGAAAGAGAUGUGGGUCUCUAUGGCUAACUAACGCACAGACUCUCAGCCGCACUCGGCGGGUUGGGUUUGGGGUAUCUCCACGCUCUCUCCCGCCUCUUUGAACCGAGCUGAACCUUAAGUGCCUUCUGGGAGGGAGAGAGAGGAGGUGUGCACGGAGCGUGCCAGAUGCACAACCCAUGGUUCUGCACACCUGUGCCGUUGAGCUCGUGCCUCGCUGGGUCCUCUUUGGGUGCUCACUGUGCCAAGCCGUGAUUUGGGUACUGGAAACACAGAGAAUGACAGAGACAGAACUCCAGCCUGCAGAGUGGACAACACUUUCCAUGUCCAGGGGUCAGUGUCUAUACACUGUGGGUGGCUCCCUCAGUGCAGGUGUCAGCAUCCACUCGUGCUGGUGCCCAGGCACCUCUGACCUGGGACAGUCCCUUUCACAAACAACCCAGCUGCCUUUGUAUCUCGCACCUCCUUAGAGAAAGGGAAGCAUCACUGUGCCAAAGGCUCCAGGCCUCUCUCCCAUAACUCAGGACCCUAGAGCUCAGACUAUGCUAGGAAUUGUGCUCCCAGCAGCUCUGUCCUCUUGGUCAAGGGAUUCUCCAUCCAGACCUGAGCCAAGAGUUUAGGCUGGAAGGUCAAGAGUAUAAACUGCGAGGCUGGACCUCAUCUAACUUAAAGAAUGGUUUGGAAUGAGGGGUCAAGCCUGUUCAUGUCAGUGGCCCCUGACCUGAGCACCAGAGUUGGGGGGCAGGAUUAGGCAAGGUCUUGGAAGUCCCAAGCUCUGCUCUGGGGACGCUUGGGGUCCAGGAUCCUAAAUCAACACUAUGGGAUUUGAGAUGUCAUGAAUACGUAUUGUUACCAUGCGCCUGAUAGAGGAAUUAUGAAAUACUGUCAUUUCUCCUGGAUAUUUCACCCAUCUUCUCCUCCCCCACCACUUAUGAGUUUUCUCUGCCUCCAGAACCAGCCCCAGGGUAUAAGCUGGAGGCCUGGUGUCUCAACUUCAGCUGAGUGGUUCAUGAGAACAGAAGAGCCAGUGUGCCUUCCCUCAUUCCCUCUGUUCCUUCUGGGUGUCUUAGUGUCUCAGGGGACUUUUUGGCUGCAAGUAACUGAUAUCCUAAGUCGAAGUGGCUUAAAAAAGAAGAAAAGGGGAGUUCCUGUUGUGGCUCAGUCGUAACAAACCCAACUAGUAUCCAUGAGGAUGUGGGUUCAAUCCCUGGCCUGGCCCAGUGGGUUAAGGAUCUGACAUUGCCUCGAGCUGCAGUGUGGUCACAGACACAACUGGGAUCUGGUGUUGCUAUGGCUGUGGUAUAGGCUGGCAGCUCUAGCUCCAAUUCGCCCCCUAACCUGAGAACCUCCAUAUGUCAUGGGUCCGGCCCUAAAAAGCAAAGAAAAGAAAAAAGAAAAAAAGGAUUUCGUGCGGAGCAAGAAGUCAACAGCCUGGGGUGGGGGGUGGGCUUCAGGUCUGGCGGAUUCAACUCUCAGAACUGUUAGCAAGGACCCUGGCUCCCUGGACUCAUUCUGUCACUUUGCUCUGUUGUCCCAGGUAACUGCUGGCACAAUGGCUAGAGCAGUCCCAGGUGUCACAUUAGAGAGAUCCAUGACCAGAGGAAGAAGGUGGGUGGCAUGGCAGUACUUGAGACUCUGUACCCUGGAGUCAAGCUGCCUGGAAUUAAAUCUUGGCUCCAACUCUCACCAGCUAUUUGACAGCAAAUUUCUUUACCACCUGUGCCUCAAAUGCUUAAUCUGUAAAAUGAGGGAUAAUAGUACUUAACUCAAGAGAAUUGAAUGAGUUAUUUUAUCUGAAGCACUUAGAAUAAACAGUGCCUGACGUAACAAG